AUGAUGUGGCCUGCGCUGCCUGACGUCUCCGGCGGCGCAGAUGAAGCAAAUAUCUUCUACUUGAGCUUUCUGUGCCCCAUUGUGCCCCAAACCGGGGACCAAGACGAGGCCAGAACGUUGUUAUUGGGUUAUCGGCGGAAUACGGCUGCGAGCUUCAUCUCUGAAGGGAUCAAUGACAGCCAUAUGGAAAAGUUGGACGAAUACUUUCACUCCACUGACAUUGAAAACCGGUUCAUCUUUUACUUGCGCGCCAGCAUCGCCAACAAAUAUAACCAGUACAUUUUCCGCGCAGUCUCAGACGAGAAGGAUUCGACAAAGACUCAUCUCAUGAAUCACUGGAGGCACAUAUGUGGUCAAGAUUCAGUCUCGGAAGAUUCUGAACAAGCGAACGAGGAGCUUUCGGCUGACAUUGCAGACACCAUCAUCACGGUCGUCAGAGUUUUCAUAGAGAACAUCAUAGAGCCAAUAGAUCGCUCAAUGCUCUAUUACUUGAGUGGUCUCUUUAUCAGAGUCCUUGACGACCAGGAAGCCAUCUUCAAGCACCUGAGGGAAAACGUCGACCUCGAAAUUUCUUUCGGCCUCACAUCCGGCCGAGCCAAAUUACUAGAGCAGCCAUAG